UCCCUGCUCAGCCUGGUCCCAAACUACCUCUGCUAAUCUCACCAGAGCAGAGGAAGCGGAUCUGCUGUGUGCACACACCACCACCACACACCUGCCCGUCAACUGGGAGCUGAGAGGAACGCCUGAGAGGACUAACAGCAGCAGACUUGGCAACAUGGAAUUCCUUUUCCAGUUGCUGUUCUCCCCUCUCCCGACCCCGGCCAUCAUCUCGCUGUUCGCGCUGGCAGCUGCGACCCUGUUUUACCUCAACACACGGCCCACUCCGCUCCGCACCCCUGCCGACUUAAACCGCCAAACUCUGGGGAUCAAGGAUGGAGCGAGAAAGACUGCUUUGCUUGAGGGUAACAACAACCUGAUGUCAUACGUCUAUGAAGACGCCAAGACCAUCUAUGAGGUUUUUCAGAGGGGGCUGAAAGUUUCAGGUAAUGGACCAUGCUUGGGCUACAGAAAACCAGGAAGGCCAUACCAGUGGUUGAGGUACAAACAGGUGUCUGAUAGAGCGGAGCACCUGGGGUCAGGGCUUCUUCAUAGAGGUCUGAAGCCAAACCCGGAGACUUUCAUUGGCAUCUUUGCUCAGAACAGACCUGAGUGGAUUAUUGGUGAACUGGCGUGUUACACCUACUCCAUGGUUGCGGUUCCCCUGUACGACACCCUGGGUUCUGAGGCUCUUGUGUUCAUUAUCAACAGAGCGGACAUCUCCACAGUGCUCUGUGACAAUCAGAACAAAGCAGAAACACUGCUGCAGAACCGAGAGAAAGGCCAGACUCCCGUUCUCAAAACCAUCGUCAUCAUGGACCCUUUCAACUCUGAGAUGAUCGAGAGGGGAGCAAAGUGUGGGGUGGACAUCGUGUCCAUGCAGGAUGUGGAGGCUCAGGGGAAAAGUAAUCUUCACAAGCCCGUUCCUCCAAGGCCAGAGGACCUCAGUAUUAUUUGCUUCACCAGUGGCACAACAGGAGACCCGAAGGGAGCGAUGUUGACCCAUGAGAAUGUGGUCUCUGAUGCUGCAGGUUUCAUCAAAGGCUUUGAGACGUCAGUUGUUCCAAAUACCCAGGAUGUCAGCAUUUCAUUCCUGCCUUUAGCACACAUGUUUGAGAGAGUUGUACAGACAGUGGUGUAUGGUGCUGGGGCUCGGGUGGGAUUCUUCCAGGGUGACAUCAGACUGCUGCCAGAUGACAUGAAAACCCUGCAGCCCACCAUUUUCCCAGUCGUACCUCGACUUCUCAACCGUGUCUAUGACAAAGUCCAGAGUGGAGCCAAGACACCUUUCAAGAAAUGGCUUCUGAACUUUGCUGUGGAGAGGAAAUAUGCAGAAGUCAAACAGGGCAUCAUCAGGAACAACAGCAUAUGGGACAAGCUCAUCUUCCACAAAGUCCAGGAGUCUCUGGGGGGACGUGUGCGGGUCAUGGUGACUGGAGCAGCGCCCAUAUCUCCCUCUGUUCUCAACUUCCUCCGGGCGGCUCUGGGCUGUCAGAUCUUUGAGGCAUACGGCCAGACAGAGUGCACAGCCGGCUGCACCUUCACCAUGCCAGGGGACCCCACUGCAGGACAUGUUGGGGUGCCGCUGCCUUGUAAUGUUGUGAAGUUGGUGGAUGUUGAAGAAAUGAACUACUUUGCUUCAAAUGGUGAAGGCGAGAUCUGCAUCAAGGGUACAAAUGUGUUCAAGGGGUACUUGAAAGACCCAGAGAAAACUGCAGAGGCCUUGGAUAAAGACGGAUGGCUCCACACUGGGGACAUUGGAAAAUGGCUUCCAAGUGGAGUUCUGAAGGUUAUUGACCGCAAGAAGAAUAUCUUCAAGCUGGCUCAGGGCGAGUACAUAGCACCAGAGAAGAUUGAAAACGUGUAUGUACGCAGUGGACCUGUGGCCCAAGUAUUUGUUCACGGAGACAGUCUACAGUCUUGCCUCAUUGCCAUUGUGGUCCCUGAUCCUGAGGUCCUGCCGGGUUUUGCCAAAAAUCUGGGGAUUCAAGGCUCCAUUGAAGACCUCUGCAAAAACACAGAAAUUAAGAAAUCCAUUCUAUCAGACAUGACCAAACUGGGUAAAGAAGCUGGGCUCAAGUCCUUCGAGCAGGUGAAAGAUGUGUACCUCCAUCCAGAGCUGUUCACCAUUGAGAACGGUCUGUUAACUCCCACACUCAAGGCCAAGAGGGCUGAGCUCAAAGCUCUCUUCCAGCCACAGAUUGACAAACUGUACGCCAACAUGCAAUAAAUGAAAUGAACCAACACCAACUUGCCUGCU